ACGACCUACAUCCAUACCACAGCACCCCCAGCCACAUCCACACCCCCACCCCAACCAAUCACCACCCGCCCACGUCAACCAUGCCCACACCCCAUUUAGGCCCCCUCAGAUCAGACCUAUGCCCCCCCUGCCCACCCCACCCCACAAAGAGGGCCUCAACAUGGAAGUCACAAAUACGCCCAGGCAGUGAGCGGGCAAACAGGCCCAACCCCCACUCUUACACUAGCCCAAGCUAAUGGCAUGUACCAGAUGCUCAGCAGGCUCUGCUCACACUUACUGGCCUGAGCCCAAGCCACACGACCAACAACAUUGGACACUUUAUGGAACACAAAGCCUUCACUAUCUCAUCCUGGAAUAUCCAAGGCAUGAGGUCAUCUGCCUUUGGCCUAAAGAGCAGGAACCUGGACUUCACCAAAGAAAUCGGUAAUACAGACAUUGUCAUCCUGCAAGAAACCUGGUAUAGAGGAGACGGACCCACUGGUUGCCCUCUAGGUUACAGAGAGCUGGUAGUCCCAUCCACCAAACUACCAGGUGUGAAACAGGGAAGGGACUCAGGGGGUAUGCUAAUUUGGUAUAGAGCAGACCUAACUCACUCCAUUAAAUUAAUCAAAACAGGAACAUUUUACAUUUGGCUAGAAAUUCAAAAGGAAAGUAUCUUAACAGAGAAAAAUGUCCUCCUGUGUGCUACCCACUAGAAUCCCCAUACUUUAAUGAAGACAGCUUCUCCAUCCUGGAGGGGGAAAUCAAUCAUUUCCAGGCUCAGGGACAUGUACUAGUCUGUGGCGACCUAAAUGCCAGAACCGGACAAGAACCUAACACCCUCAGCACACAGAGGGACAAACACCUGCCUGCAGGUGACAGCAUUCCCUCCCCGCAUUCCCUCCCCUAGGCACAACUAUGACAACAUAACCAACAAAAACUGGUCACAACUCCUGCAGCUCUGUCACACGCUGGGUAUGUACAUAGUCAAUGGUAGGCUUCGAGGGGACUCACAUGGUAGGUACACCUAUAGCUCAUCUCUUGGCAGUAGUACUGUAGACUACUUUAUCACUGACCUCAACCCCAAGUCUCCCAGAGCGUUCACAGUCAGCCCACUGACACCCCUAUCAGACCACAGCAAAAUCACAGUCUACUUGAAAAGAGCAAUACUCAAUCAUGAGGCAUCAAAGCCAAAGGAACUCAGUAACAUUAAUAAAUGCAAUAGAUGGAAGGAAUGCAGUUUAGAAACCUACCAAAAAACAACUAGGCAACAACAUAUUCAAUCCCUUUUAGACAACUUCCUGGGUAAAACAUUCAAUUGUAAUAGUGAACGUGUAAACUUGGCAGUAGAAAAUCUUAACAGUAUAUUUGACCUCUCAGCUUCCCUAUCAAAUCUAAAAAUCUCAAAUAGAAAACCGAAGAAAAUGAACAAUGACAAAUGUUUGAUGAAGAAUGCAAAAAUCUAAGAAAGAAAAACAUAGAGACCUGGAAAACCUGAGUCUACGCCUUCACUAUGGUGAAUCACUAAAACAAUACAGAAAUACGUUACGGAAAAAGAAGGAACAGCACGUCAGAAAUCAGCUCAAUGUAUUUGAAGUAUCCAUAGAUUCUAACCACUCCUGGGAAAAUUGGAAAACACUAAACAAACAACAACACGAAGAUGUAUCUAUCCAAAAUGGAGAUGUAUGGGUAAACCACUUCUCCAAACUUUUUGGCUCUAUAACAAAGAACUAACAGCAAAAACAUAUACAUGAUCAAAUACAAAUCUUAGAAUCAAAUAUUUAAAGACUACCAAAACCCACUGGAUUCUCCAAUUACCUUGAGUGAGCUACAGGACAAAAUAAAAACCCUCCAACCCAAAAAGGCAUGUGGUGUGAUGGUAUUCUCAAUGAAAUGAUCAAAUAUACAGACAACAAAUUCCAAUUGGCCAUACUAAAACUCUUUAACAUCAUCCUUAGCUCUGGCAUCUUCCCCAAUAUUUGGAACCAAGGACUGAUCACCCCAAUCCACAAAAGUGGAGACAAAUUUGACCCCAAUAACUACCGUGGGAUAUGCGUCAACAGCAAAAAUCCUGGGAAAAUCCUCUGCAUUAUCAUUAACAGCAGACUCGUACAUUUCCUCAGUGAAAACAAUGUACUGAGCAUAUGUCAAAUUGGCUUUUUACCCAAUUACCGUACAACAGACCACGUAUUCACCCUGCACACCCUAAUUGACAAACAAACAAACCGAAACAAAGGCAAAGGCAAAGUCUUCUCAUGCUUUGUUGAUUUCAAAAAAGUCUUCGACUCAAUUUGGCAUGAGGGUCUGCUAUACAAAUUGAUUGAAAGUGGUGUUGGGGGAAAACUAUACGACAUUAUAAAAUCCAUGUACACAAACAACAAGUGUGCGGUUAAAAUAGGCAAAACACACACACAUUUCUUCCCACAGGGCCGUGGGGUGAGACAGGGAUGCAGCUUAAGCUCCACCCUCUUCAACAUAUACAGUGGGGAGAACAAGUAUUUGAUACACUGCUGAUUUUGCAGGUUUUCCUGCAAGCCACAUAAUAUAGCCUAUACUGAGUGAUGACAAUACAGAAUACCCUGUAACCCAGUGUGUGUUUUGGUGGGUAGGGACAGGAGAGGCCUGUGACCAGGGCCUGUGACUGUCUAAAUACCCACUCAAUCUAUACAUCCCUGUCCUUUCCAUGUUUAGUGAAUUUCAACUGAUUUCAUGUUUUUAUUGUAUUUUUAUUUAACCUUUAUUUAACGAGGCAAGUCAGACAAGAACAAAUUCUUAUUUACAAUGACGGCCUAGGAACAGUGGGUUAACUGCCUAUGACAGAUUUUUACCUUGUCAGCUCGGGGAUUUGAUCGAGCAACCUUUCUGGCCCAAAGCUCUAACCACUAUGCUACCUGCCGCCCCAUGUACACUCUCGGGAACACUGUUUGGACUGUGAUAAACACUCAUUUAGUAAGUAAUUAACUCAUUCUGCCCACCCCAUCUCCCCAGAUAAGGAGCCAGUGUUGGACAUUCAUCUGCAGCGCUGUACCAGCUCAGUGGAGGACAAGACUGUGGGCCGUGGCCGGGGACAGGGACGGGGACGCUCCAUGGGACAGGACGAUCAUUGCAAGGAGGGACUGAGGGAAAAUUGGAAAAUUCUGUGGAUAUAUUGAAGCAACAUCAAUCAGGAAGUUAAAGCUUGGUCGCAAAUGGAUCUUCCAAAUGGGCAAUGAACCCAAGCAUACUUCCAAAGUUGUGGCAAAAUGGCUUAAUGACAACAAAGUCAAGGUAUUGGAGCGGCCAUCACAAAGCCCUGACCUCAACCCUAUAGAAAAUGUGUGGGCAGAACUGAAAGAGACCGUGUGCGAGCAAGGAGGUCUACAAACCUGACUCGGUUACACCAGCUCUGGAAGGAGGAAUGGGCCAAAGUUCACCCAACUUAUUGUCUCACUGGUUAAGGGGGUGUUGUUGUGCUGGACUGUUGUCUGGGUCUGUGCUGACUGGAGUGUAGUCACCUGCUGUUCCAGCUCCACCUGCCUUACUUCCAGCUGGGUGGCGAGCAGGCAGCCAGCAGACCAUUCUCCAUGAGGAGCAGUAGAAGAUGCCGGCUCUGCCAGCGCUGCUGCUGUCGAUACACUUCUCCUCCUUCCUGCUAGUUACCAUGGCACCACGCUCCGGAAGCCAGGCCGCCCAGCUAUCCUCCGUCCGGAUGGCUGCGAUCCUGGAUGACCAGUCAGUGUGUGGGCGUGGGGAGCGGCUGGCUCUGGCCCUGGCCAGGGAGAACAUCAACAGUGUGAUGGAGGGAGGGGCCAGAGCCCGUGUGGAGGUGGAUAUAUUCGAACUGCAGAGGGACUCCCAGUAUGAGACCACUGACACCAUGUGCCAGAUUCUACCUAAAGGAGUGGUGUCUGUGAUAGGCCCUGCCAACAGCCCUGCUUCUGGCUCUACUGUCAGUCAUAUAUGUGGAGAGAAGGAGAUCCCACAUGUAAAGAUAGGUCCAGAGGAGACUCCCAGGUUGCCCUACCUGCGUUUUGCCUCGGUCAGUCUGUACCCUAGCAACGAGGACAUGAGCCUGGCCGUGGCAGCCAUCCUGCGAUCCUUCAGCUACCCCUCAGCCAGCCUGGUCUGCUCCAAGGCCGAGUGCCUUCUGCGAUUGGAGGAGCUAGUGCGGCGCUUCCUGAUCUCCAGGGAGACGCUGUCAAUCAGGAUGCUGGAUGACAGCCUGGAUCCCACCCCUCUGCUGAAGGAGAUACGAGACGACAAGGUGGCCACCAUCAUCAUCGACGCCAACGCCUCCAUCUCCUACCUCAUCCUCAAAAAGGCAUCAGAGUUGGGGAUGACAUCAGCGUUUUACAAGUACAUCCUCACCACCAUGGACUUCCCCCUGCUGAGGCUGGAUGACAUAGUCGAUGACCAGUCCAACAUCAUAGGGUUCUCCAUGUUCAACACCACCCAUCCGUUCUACCUGGAGUUCAUCAGGAGUCUCAACCUGUCCUGGAGGGAGGGCUGUGAUCUCAUCUACCCCGGGCCUGCGUUGUCGUCAGCGUUGAUGUUUGACGCGGUGCACGUUGUGGUGGGGGCGGUGAGGGAGCUCAACAGGAGUCAGGAGAUUGGAGUCAAACCUCUCAGCUGCACAUCUCCUCAGAUCUGGCAACACGGCACCAGCCUCAUGAACUACCUACGCAUGGUGGAGUAUGAUGGUCUGACAGGCCAUGUGGAGUUCAACAGUAAAGGACAGAGGACCAACUACACCCUGAGGAUUCUGGAGAAACACCGCAGGGAUCACAGAGAGAUUGGUAUCUGGUACUCCAACAACACACUGGCUAUGAACGCCACCAGUCUGGACAUCAACGUCUCGGAGACACUGGCCAACAAGACCCUCAUCGUCACCACCAUACUGGAGAGCCCCUAUGUGAUGCGUAAGGGGAACUACCAGGAGUACCAGGGGAAUGACCAGUACGAAGGCUUCUGUGUGGACAUGUUGAGAGAGCUGGCAGACAUCUUGAAGUGCUCCUUCAGGAUUAAACUGGUGGAUGAUGGGCUGUAUGGAGCACCUGAACCCAACGGGUCCUGGACCGGCAUGGUGGGAGAGCUCAUCAACAGGAAAGCAGACUUGGCAGUAGCAGGCUUUACCAUCACGUCUGAGAGGGAGAAAGUCAUAGACUUCUCCAAGCCCUUCAUGACGCUAGGAAUCAGCAUCUUGUACAGAGUCCACCUGGGGAGGAAGCCGGGGUAUUUCUCCUUCCUGGACCCCUUCUCUCCAGCCGUUUGGCUCUUCAUGCUGCUCGCCUACUUGGCUGUCAGCUGUGUGCUCUUCCUGGCUGCAAGGUUAAGUCCCUAUGAGUGGUACAACCCCCACCCAUGUCUGCAGGGGCACAAGGACAUGCUGGAGAACCAGUACACCCUAGGGAACAGCCUGUGGUUCCCUGUAGGAGGCUUCAUGCAGCAGGGCUCUGAGAUCAUGCCCCGUGCCCUGUCCACACGUUGCGUCUCAGGGGUCUGGUGGAUGUUUACGCUGAUCAUCAUCUCCUCCUACACGGCCAACCUGGCAGCCUUCCUGACCGUCCAGAGGAUGGAGGUGCCCAUCGAGUCUCCUGACGACCUGGCCGACCAGACCAACAUCGAGUAUGGCACUAUCCACGGGGGGAGCACCAUGACUUUCUUCAUGAACUCGCGCUACCAGACAUACCAGCGCAUGUGGAACUACAUGCACUCCAAGCAGCCCAGUGUGUUUGUGAAGAGCACCGAGGAGGGCAUUGCCCGCGUGGUCAACUCUAAAUAUGCCUUCCUCCUGGAGAGCACCAUGAAUGAGUACUACCGCAAACUCAACUGUAACCUCACCCAGAUAGGUGGUCUGCUGGACACCAAGGGCUAUGGCAUCGGCAUGCCACUGGGAUCUCCAUUCAGAGAGGAGAUCACUAUGGCCAUCCUGCACCUGCAGGAGAACAACAGGCUGGAGAUCCUGAAGAGGAGGUGGUGGGAGGGAGGACAGUGCCCUAAAGAGGAGGACCACAGAGCCAAGGGUCUGGGCAUGGAGAACAUCGGGGGUAUCUUCGUGGUGUUGAUCUGUGGCCUCAUCAUCGCUGUGUUCGUGGCCAUCAUGGAGUUUGCGUGGUCGACGCGCUGCUCUUCAGAGACAGACGAGGUACGCCCUCACUCCUGCCCUCGCCGACACCACAGACCCAUCCCAGUGUCUGUCUGUCAGGAGAUGCUCACCGAGUUCCGAAACGCUGUCUCCUGUAAGAAGAGUUCCCGUUCCCGUCGUCGCCGCCCCCUGGGCAACUCCGCGGCCCUCCGCCACCCCACCCGCAUCGCCCUGGGGGCCCAGCGGCCACUCCGCCUCGUACAGGAGAUGCGCCUCAGCAACGGCAAGCUCUACAGUGGCUCGGGACCCCUGACUGGGGGAGCAGGGGGGCCAGGAGGGGGUGUAGGGGCUGGGGGAGGUCCAUCAGACAUGGGCCCUGGGCCUCAGCGACUCCUGGAGGACCCUCUGGGGGCUAACACCACCCCUCCUCACCCGCCCCAGCCUCAGGCCCCCGUGGCGCUCCCUCGCAGCUGCACGCACGUCAGGAUCUGCCAGGAGUGCAGGAGGAUCCAGAGCCUGAGGUCAGGGAUGGGGUCCACAAGGAUCCCCCCCUCAUCUGCACCUCUGCCGCGCCUGCCCCCUCCUCCUCCCCCCUCCUCCUCCAACACAGACAGCGAGGGGGGAGGGGGGUCCAGCCCCCGGCGGCUCCCCCACAGCACCCCUGCACCCUGCCUACCCAUACCACCCCCACAGAGCAGCACCGACACAGACCUUCUGGGGAAGCAGGACUAAGACUGACGAACUAGGAGGGGCUGGAGGGUAUAUGGGGGCAAGUUAACAGUGACUUAACUGAUGUUUUGAGCUGCUCAGUGACACACUAUUCUCUGGCCCUCUGUACAUUGGCCUCCAGGAGUGAACUACAGGGAGAGAAGGAGGGAGAAAGAGAGAGAGAGAAUUAGAGGGAUCAAAGAUGUUGUGAGACGUGUGAUGAAGCAAUGGAAAGGAUAUAUUUGCACAGAUACCAAAAGACACACCCAUACAGAAGGAGAAAGAAGGAGAGACUUCCUUUGCUCUCCAGCGCGCUGCCCAGCUGGUUCUGAUGUUAGCCCAGUCUGUUCACAGAACCAUGCUCCACUAUGUUCUGGUUUUGUGGUUUACUUGAAGAUGGCUGCUCGGUUCUUAUCUUGACUUACCAAUGGACCAAUCAGGACUGAGCUACACUGGAUAAAGUAGUCAGGUAACGCACAUCAUUUGAUGCCAGACCUACUGGUUUCUCUGUUGGUCUCUCCCUGUUCUCCCCGCUCUCUCUCUCCAUCUCUCUCUCUCUCUCUUUCCCUUUCCAUGGUACCACAGACUCAUCUAGAGCGGCCAGCUCUUCCUCUCUGGACGGUGACCACUGGAGGAGGAGCCCACAUUGAUCCUGGAGGACCUUAAAUCUAUGUAACAUACAACAACAGAAGACUUUUAAACUGACUCUGAGAAUUAUAGGAUUUUCCAGAUUUUUUUGUUGUUGUCUUUGUCGUUUGGUUACCAUUGUUCUAAGUGGAAGCUACAGAAAAAUAAAGACUAUAUAUGUGACUAAUGUGGUGGAUCACGACACACUAUGAAGACAAGACUCCCCUGAGGUUUACUGUGUGGAGGAGGUGUUUUGUCCCUCCGGGGACCCCGUAGCUGCUUUUGAAACGACAUUGAAGAAAGCAGAUUUGGCUGGAAAUUAGUUGUAACAAAGUCAGAUAUGCAUAAUAUAAUUUCUGUGUGUGUGUGUGUGUGUGUGUGCGUGCGCGGAGAGGUCUGUCCUUACAGCAAGUGAGAGGAACAAAUGAUCAUACCAAGUAUAUGAUAAUCAGAGGCUUUGCGAUGUGAAAUAACUUGUUAUCCUGGAGAAUAUUUGCCAAGCCUUUUCUCCUCUUUACCUCUGUUCAUAGCACAGAGAGAGAGGAAGAGGAGAGAGGAAGAUGAGAGAGGAUGGGGAGAGAGAGAGAAAAAGGAGAGAGCGAUGGAGAGAGGAAGAGGAGAGAGAUAGAGGAGCAAGAGAAAAAAUAGGAAUGCAACAGAGAGGAACAGAGAGAUAAAGGAGGACUGUAUUUGUAUUUGAAUGACAAAUCCCUAAUUGAACUACUUCCAUAAUGAGAUUUGUCCUGAUCUGGUAAUUCUGGGCAGCAUCUUGCAGGGGGCUUGGCCGUGCUGCCGGGAGGCUGGGACUAAAGCUUCCCUGCUCUACAUCCCAUUGAACUGGCUGUCUGCAGCACAGACGCCUGCCAGAACUCCACACAGAGCUCCACACCACCCUGAGCCCUCUCAUUACAGCCUGUGGAGCUUUAGAUCUGGUAAUUAUUCCCCUUUAAUAACUAAUAGCCACACAAUGACUAUGGAGGAGACGGAGGUCAUGGUUUAAUGUUAUAAAAGUAUGACGGGGAAUAAUGUUACAGUGUUCAAGCCUUUCUGAGGCUUUCUGCUGCCUCUCUCACACAUACACCACAGAUCAUCAUACACACACACUGACAGACAUAACCAUGCAACCUAAGAAAUACAUAAUUAUUUAUGUUUUUCUUCUCUUGGACCCACAGUGCAUCAGUGAGCCAGACACACACAUCUGCAUAGGUCACCACUCUAGUCUCAACUCAAUGCUGUGAAACCAUUGGAUGGCUUUCUUCCAAUACACUUCAUUGGCCUCCUUUCCUCAUCUCCUUUCCUACACAACAAUUGAUCUUACAGGGAUAGACAGCUGGUGCAUCUCUAACCGGUCUUUUCACCUAUCAGUGGUGAAGAAGGAAAGGAGAUAAGAAAAUGAAGACCUUUGAGUAUUGGGACAUAUAACAAUGUCAGGGGGGGAAGGAGGGGUACCCAAAGUGAAUCAGAGGGGUGUCUGUGAGGGGAGAGAGUUUACUCAACAAAACAAACAAAUCGUUUCUGUUAACUUUUCAGUUCUCUGUUAUUUUUUCAUAUUUCUAUACUAGUGCUAAAUGGAUUAUUAAAAUAAUGUUGUUGAA